CCCGGACUAAUAUUAGUUUUCCAUCUCCUUCCUUUUGUCCGUAUAGUUGCAGCAAAAGUAAACAAACAAAUCCAAAACACGAAAUUAUGAAACUCUCAUUCUCAAUCCCAGCAAAAUCAUCCUCUAAAUCAUCUUCGAAACCUAAAUUCUCAUCCCCAAUCGAAUCCGGACCCGAAUCCCAAACCAACGGAACCUCUAGGCAAUUCGUCACCGAAUUCGACCCAUCCAAAACCCUAAAUAACUCCAAACCAAAGCUUGUAAUCCCCCCUAAAGAAAACGAAUGGCGUCCCCACAAAAAAAUGAAAAAUCUCGCCUUCCUCCCAUCUCUCCAAUCCUCCGAUUCCACCGGCACCGCUUUACAUUUCGAAAUCGCCGCUAACGUUGACGACACCGGCGACGACACCGGCAUAUCCUACGGCCUCAACAUUCGCAGCGGCGGCGACGAAGAUGGAGGCAAAGCUAGCGGUGAUGAUCAAAAGCAGCAGCAGCACGAAAGUACGGAGAAUAUGCUGUUGGAGAAGCUGAGGUAUGAUUUAGAAAGAUUGCCGGAAGAUCGGGGUUUCGAGGAGUUUAAAGAUGUGCCCGUUGAAGGAUUUGGCGCGGCGAUAUUGGCCGGGUAUGGAUGGCAUGAAGGGAGAGGUAUUGGUAAGAAUGCUAAAGAAGAUGUUAAAGUUAAACAGUAUAGUAAAAGAACUGAUAAGGAAGGUUUAGGUUUUGUUGCUACUCCUAGUGUUAAUAAGAGUGAUGUUAAGAUUAGAGACACUAUGCAGAUUGAGAGUAAUAGAGUUAGUGUUAGUAGUAGUAGUGAGAAUGUUAAGAGAGGAAGAGAAUGGGAUGCGAGUAAUGGCGGUGAUGAAGGUGACGGGUUUUUUGUUGGUAAAGAUGUGAGGGUGAUUGCGGGUGGGAGAGAUAUUUAUGGUUUAAAAGGUAGAAUUUUGAAGAGAUUGGAUGCGGAUUGGGUUGUUUUGAAGUUUGCUGAUUAUAAACACGAGGUGGAUAUGCUUAUUUCUGAUAUUGCUGAUUUGGGUUCUAGAGAAGAAGAGAAGUGUUUAAGAAAGUUGAAGGCUUUACAGAUAGAUUCCAAGCAAAAGCGUGUUGGGGAAUCGAGUAAAGAUAGUAGGGAGAGUGUGAGGAGAGAUAGUGGUCAAGUGAAAGACGAGAGGAAGCAGUGGCUUAGGAAUCAUAUUCGGGUUAGGGUUAUAAGCAAGCAAUUGAAAGGGGGUAGAUUUUAUUUGAAGAAAGGUAAGGUGGUGGAUGUGGUUAGUCCGAAUGUAUGUGAUAUAUCCAUAGAUGAGACUAAGGAGCUGGUACAAGGUGUGGAUCAGGACAUUCUUGAGACUGCACUGCCUCGUCGUGGAGGUCAUGUGCUUGUACUUUAUGGUAAGCAUAAAGGGGCUUAUGGGAGUUUGGUGGAGAAGGAUUUGGACCGUGGAAUUGGGGUUGUACAAGAUUCUGAUACUCGUGAGUUUCUGAAUGUGAAACUCGAGCAGAUUGCAGAGUAUGCGGGGGAUCCCAGCUACAUAGGGUAUUGAUGAAAAGCGCAGUCUCCAUAGUUCUCCCUCUCAAUAGAUAUAAAUUAAGGACAUUUGCCCUCUGGACCUGGAAUUCAUAGUGAAACAGUGUGUCUGCAGGGAACUUUCGGUUUGUUUGUCACGGAGGGGACAGUUUGGGUCUUCCAGAGUCGGCAUUCGGCAAGAUAUUAUGAUUUAUGUAUUCGGGCAGUUGAAGGAACAACCCCUGGGCGCUAUGCUGACUUAAAAGUUGAGCUCACUUGGAAUAUUUUAUGAACAAAGUUGGCUCUUUGAAGACGCUGUGUAGCUUUAUUCAUACCAGAAUUGAAAUUGUGUAUUGUCGUAUGCUAUAUGUUAUGAAAAUUUAUCUGAAAUUGUAAGGGUAAAUAUCAUCCACAGCCCUCUACUUUUCUUCUAUCUUCUACUAGUGUCCUUAAACUUCAAUUCGUGAACUUUUCUACUAUCUCCCACCAAAGUCUCUAAACUUCUUAUUGUAAAGAGAAAAUCCUUGAUGUUUUAUUAAAUUUUCAUGUUUUGUAUAA